GCUUUAAAGUGCCCGGUUUAGCUGGCUGUCGCCUUUGGCUGCCUCUAGUAACCUUCAGUCGCCGGUGCGUGUAUUGCGAUGACAAAAUGCAUAGGCCAGGUAAAAUACUGUUGAACAUCUGCUCUAGAAGAUUUCUAAAAGGUUUUCAACAGAUUCUUGGAGCCAAGCUAUCAAUGGUAUCCAGUGGUAUUUCCUCAUCGAGUGCACCGUUCAGUUAUGUACCAGUUAAUAAGGCCUCUACCACGUUACCAGAAGCUACGAUUAAGCGUGAUAAAUAUUCUCACAGAACGCACAACUGUGGUCAACUAACAGUUGCCAAUGUCGGUGAAAAAGUUGAGCUCUGCGGAUGGAUGGAGUUUCAAAGAAUGAACAAGUUCAUUACCCUCAGGGAUAACUGUGGAUCUACACAGCUAAUAGUACCAGACGAGAGAACAGAUCUAACCAAAACGAUUGAAGGCAUAUCUUACGAGACAGUAAUAAGGGUAAUUGGCACUGUAAACCCUCGUCCGAAUAGUCAAGUGAAUAAAAAUAUGGCUACUGGUGAAAUAGAGAUUUUGGUGGAACACCUUGAGAUUUUGAAUCCGUCCAAAACACAACUGCCAUUCCCCAUUCGACAGUUUAUCAAAGCUAAGGAAUCACUAAGAAUGCAGUACAGAUACUUGGAUUUAAGAUUCCCAGAAAUGCAGAGAAACUUGCGAAUCAGGUCUAAAGUCCUCAUGAGAAUGAGGGAAUUUCUAAUCAACAAAUGUAACUUUGUGGAUAUUGAGACACCCACACUUUUUCGUCGGACCCCGGGGGGAGCACAAGAAUUUAUUGUCCCUACACGGAAUCCUGGUAAAUUUUAUUCUCUUGUUCAAAGUCCACAACAAUUUAAGCAGUUGCUUAUGGUUGGUGGGAUAGAUCGUUAUUUUCAAAUUGCUCGAUGUUAUAGAGAUGAGGCCGGAAGAAUGGACAGACAGCCCGAGUUCACUCAGCUAGAUAUUGAGAUGUCUUUUGUUGACCGCGAAAGCAUAAUGAUGCUGACGGAAGAUCUGCUAGUAGAGUCUUGGUUAGAAGAACUUGGCGAGAUCAGUACACCGUUUGAGCAAAUGAGGUAUGACGACGCAAUGGAAUUGUAUGGUACAGAUAAACCAGAUGCAAGAUUACCUUAUAAGCUUCAAAACGUAACAGACAUAGUGAAAACUUCAAUCGCAUUAACAACCAAAACCGGGAUCGAAUACAAUGAUAAUUUCGGAGCGUACGCAGUGGUGUUUCCAAAAGAAAGUAAAAACUUUAGUAACUCCACCAAAGCGCAGUUUGAUGAUAUUUCAAAGAGAGAAUUUCCUCAAGCUAAAUUACUGCAAGUGAAGAUUACUGAAAGUUCGUGGAAAAGUGGACUGACUACUCUACUUUCAAAAGAUGUGGUGGAUAGUAUCGAGAAUAGGUUGAAUUUACACAACGGUGAUAUGCUGUUCUUAUCCGUUGGACAAAAGCCAGAUGUACAAGAAGUUCUCGGCAAACUGCUGAUUCUCUACACGAAUAUACUGGAGUCAAAAGGAGUAACCCUUAGAGCGCCAGGUUUCAAGUGGCUAUGGAUUGUGGACUUCCCCUUAUUCUCAAAAGAAGAUAACGAAAAUGGCAUCAGGACAACACACCACCCAUUUACCCAGCCACAUCCUGAGGAUUUACAUUUACUGGCAACAGAUCCAUUAAAGGUGCGCGGUCUACAUUACGAUUUGGUAUCAAACGGCUGGGAAAUUGGUGGAGGAUCAAUAAGAAUACACAAUUCUCUUUUACAAAAACAAGUACUGGAGAUUUUGGGGAUUGACACAUGUCAGAUGUCACAUUUACUCGAAGCUCUUGAUAGCGGAGCUCCACCUCACGGAGGAAUUGCUCUUGGUUUAGAUCGCUAUAUUGCAAUGUUAUGCAAUGCCACAAGCAUAAGAGAUGUUAUCGCGUUUCCUAAAAGCAUGGAGGGCAGAGAUGCAAUGUCUGGUGCUCCAAUUCAAAUAUCUGAUGAAGACAAAAAGCUAUAUCACAUAAGAACUCCAGCAGAUUGACAAUUGAGCAAAAAUGUCGAAUGCAUAUACUCUCAUUUUCUGUGAAAGUGUGUCAUGCGUUGUUCUCCUUAAUUCCAGUUAUGUUAUGAGCUGAUGCUAGACAAAAGUGUAAAUAUUAAACAGGAAUAAAUUCUAUAUUUGCAAAUCAAA